GGCAGCCCAUUCACUCAUCCGUAAGCAGUCCCGUGAUCUCAGAAGUUAAACCGUACUAGCCAAGAAUCUGGUCCUUUAAACUCAUCAACCUCCUCUCCUUCGAUCCUACAUCCUCUUUGUAUCAAAGAUAAUUGUCUUCUUACAACCCAGAAGGACUUUCAAAGACAAAUUACUACACGAAGUUACACCGUAUCAAAACCAAACAAUCAUGGCGAAUCAGCCACCUCCUCUCAACGAAAUGGAGGAAGUUUCCAAGACAAUACCUUUCAAAGAUUCUAUGUCUCAACAAGAAGGGCCCGAGAUGCUUCGACAACGUGUUAUUCAGACAAGAUUACAUCCUACCUUGGCUCGUAGCUCCAAUAUGAUGAACCUCGAUAACAAGAAUCUUCACGGCAAAGACUUUCAAAAUAUUGCUUCAAUGCCAUCUCGGUUUUCUGCCAAUUAUUGCCAGGAGCAACAAGAUGCCGCCAUUCAAACCUGCAGUGCUGAUUCUACCACUUCGAACAUGAUGCAACGCAGUCAACAGAUUCUUGAGGUCAAUGAAUGUCCCCGUACCCCUUCUCAAUCUUCCGAGAAGAACCUCAAAGAGAUUUUCUACCGCCCAUAUCCUCUCAUCAAUUCCAACAAACUUCUAGCUUCCACUUCGUUCUCAAACUUCCAGGAAGAGAACGUUGAAGAGCGAGCCAAGGCCCCGUUAACUCUCAGUCCCGGAUCGAUACUACAUAGCUCUGUCGAUUUCAAGAGAGCUCCGAUUGCGCAUUUUCCAAACAAUAUGAGCCUUGAUAAUGAGACUCCCGCCGACAUGAACCAAGAAGCUUCCAAUCAACCAUCAUCUUCAAGCUUCGAUCACCAGCAAAAGAUCUAUCACGACAUCCAUAAAUACCAUUCCAUCAAUACAUUUGGUUAUUACAGCUCCAUUGAGUUGAACAAAGAACCCCUCGAUGUCAACACCAGUUCGCUCGAUCAAUCUGAGCUGCAGGUCCGACAACACGAACAAGAACACUCAGAUAUGAUGCGGCUUCUAAGAGCAUGGUCGAAAGUGAGUAAAGCCCUUUAUGCAGGGAAGGUUUGGAAAGGCAUGAAGACUGGGCAAAAGGCUGCUUUCGACAGAGCUAUCAGAUAUCAUGCUGGUCAUCAAGAUUUAGAUUCCAGCAGCUGCCGACUUCAAAUUGAAAAGUUUACAGCUCGCAUAUUAUUCGUUAUUGAGAAUUUGCGAAUUGCUGCUCAUUCGCCGCUCAUUAUAGACUUAGAGAGUAUUUUGAAGGAAGCACAAUCUUUCAACACUCUAUCACAUGAGAAGUGCAACAGUUUAGUGGCAGGCCAGCGAAGCCAUGAUACGUUCGACCUUGUCAAUCUUCUGGAGAGGGAAACAUUACAAAAGGUCACCGAAGACGCCAGAUCCACUCAAAGCACUCAACCAGAUAUCGUUAAUCAUCUCGAAAAAGCUCUUACUUGCAAGGAUAUUACAGAAAAAGUUAUCAAACAGUCAGUGAAGCAUUGUUGCUCUGAUAUCGAACCUGAAGUUUUCCAAGAGCGCAAUGAAAAACAAGUUACUCGUGAAUGUAAGGACUGCGCACAACUCUCUCGAGUUUUUCGCAUAGGCCAACUUACUCGUGUGAACACUGAUAAAAUUUCUGGAUUCGAGCAAAAUAAUAUUGUUCCAGCAUAUGGAAGAAUUUUGAAGAAAAAUCCGAGCAUUUCGAAGUUGAAUACUGAUGAUGGAGAACAAUCGGUCACUGAAAAUGUUUCCGUCAAAAAACUCAGCCCAUUGGAAAUGGUUACUAGAAAUCCCUUGCCUUGUUGGAAUCAUCCGGUGGCGGUAAAUGGACAACCAUAUGGACGCGUUACAUCACCUACUCUAUUCAAGUUCUUCAAUUAUCUUGGAUUCUCGGAUGAAGAUUUCCUUGCCCAAAUUACCAAGAGCCUUGAAAAUUUGUAUGUUCCAAUCCCAUUUCCCGAAUUUUUUGCGGCGCCUAAGUGGUUAAAUAAUUAUUGUGUUCUUAAUGGGCAGGUCUGCAAGCCAUUAAAUUCUGCGCCAGUUAGAGAACUCGUUCCGCUUGCACUAUGGAUGUCAUAUCCCGACGCCCCACUACCCGUAGUUCCCGUCAAGCGUUGCAAUUCUAGUGAAUGCAAUCGGCAGUCAACUGCUUCUAGUCCACAGGAAAUGGAAAUGGGAUCGAAACCAUCUGAUAAAGAGCAAAUACCUUCAAUUUUCUCUUCCCUGGGCCUAAGCACUGAAGGUCAACGUAUGAUGGAUGGAGCUCGUCAAAAGGCACUGGCAUCUAAAGCUUUUUUUACAAGAAGAAAUGACUGGGAGGAGAGAGAAUCCAAUGAUUCCAGGUCCCAUGCUUCUCUGGAGAGUUUGAACGAGGCAAUAAAAGCCUCCCAUGCACAGAUCAAGGCCAACGCUUUAUCUGCUCUGAAAAAGAUCUAUUCUACCACUGAUCAUUCCGCCUCUGUAGAUGCGCCCCGAAAGGAAACGAUUUGCAUUCUCGACCAUGCUAGAGAACUUACAGAGGAACGUGAUAGAGCAAGAGUUAUACCAACAAGAGAUAGGUUAGCCAAUGCGGCUAGUGUUGGUGUUUCGUUUCGAACCAUCUUUCAAGAAAAGCUCAAUGCUCGUAAGAUUAAGGACCAGAAUCUUCGAGAGCAAAUAGAUCCAUUUGUUCAGGGCAAAGGUCUCGAUCACAACCGUGAUCCUGAUAUCUCUCAUGAAGCUUCAAAGACUUCGGAGAGAAAAUGGUAUCUAGAACGCAAAGGUUAUCCCCAAACCUUCCGCGAGACGCGAUAUAAUGCUGAGCAGAAGAAUCCAAGUGAGAUACACACAGAGGGAGGACCCAAGGGAAGACGCCCUAAUGCACCAUGCUUGGAUUUGAGGGAGCACGAAGAGUACCGACAUUUGACUUCACCAGAGUUGAAUGAGAUGAGAAGAAUAAAAGCCGAAUUCCAAUAUUCUAUUGACGAGGCCUAUUUAGCUUGCCUUGCCGCAACAAAGGCUAAAGAUGCUGUUUAUGCAAAAUUUGAAGCAGCAAUCGCCGAGAGAAAUGGUCUUCGAGAGAAAAACUUUCAAAGACAUGAUCUGAGAUUCGAAAAAGAGAUUUCCGAUGCAGACGGUAUUGUUCUUGAGCGCCAGAUUGAAUACACCAAGAAAGUUGAUAUCUUGAGUGCACUUACAGAAGCUGAGACUCAGAGAUACAGAGAUAGAGAAGCUUUUGAUGAAAAGAUCAAAGCUAUUAGUCGUGUUCGCGGCGAUGAUAUUACACACAAGACUGAGCCAGCGAAGAACAACUCUGUCUGCGCCACUUUGGUAGCAGAUGAUGACGCGAUUCAAGCCACUCUAGCACAAUUUGAAGCUCACAGUAUCGCACUUGGUACCAAAAAAAAACUUCAACCACUCGGUACGAUGGAUAGCUCCUCGACUGAUGGUCGCCAUUGUUUUUACGGAUUAACAAUUUAUAAUAAGAAACAUCGGAAUCCCUCUAUUUCGUCCAAUGAUUAUAUCACUGUUGAAGAACAUGCUAAAGGCCGCAGAGGUAAUCAUGAUCAACCGGCAUGGCAAGCCUUUUUUACCCAUCCAGAUAAAGUUCCUGCACAUGAUGAUCCAAGAUUAUUGAACAACAACAUUUCGUCAGAGCCACCAGCAGUCACAGGCCAGUACCCCAACCUAGACUCUCAAAACUAUUGUUCGUUCAAGGGCCCAGGUUGCGCUGAAUACAUGACUAUGUUCAAAGACUGGAAACCUAAACCAAAUCAUGCCGAUAUCAUGAAAGCUAUGAUCGUCGGUCGAGCAGCUAGAAGACGUCAGCUAGCUGGUAAACAGCCUGAAAAUUUUGAUUGUUCUACGUUCCAGAGUUUGAGACAUUGGUGUUAUUCGAGACCGGAUAAUACUGUAGACACAGCUGACUCUAUGAUUCUGGCAAGCUCUGCACUUGAUAUUUUAUCUGUCAAAGAACAAGAUCAAUAUUCCGAGGGGGUUACAGACAAAGGAAUAGCGGUUUCCAAGAAUGCCGACGAAGUUCCUACCGAUACAAGCCAAGCUACUGACACUGCUACGUCUGACAUGAAUGAGCAAGUCGUAAUGGUUAAUCAGAUGGUCGCGGAAACAAUUGACACCACCCAUAAGCUCGCUGAUACCAAUGUGGCCAGUGUCAAUGAACCUACUGCUAUCGCUGAUGAUUCUGUCAUCAAACCUACCAAGCUUGAUGAUAUCAUUACGGCUCAACAAGUAGUCAAUAACAAAGUCAAUUCUAUCUGUGAGGCCACCGCUCACGUUGAGAUGACCAACAUCGGAAUUCUAGCUCUCAGCGAUCUUCUCAUUUCUUCCCCUGACAGAUCUGAGAUCAUUACCAAAGACAUGAUGCAAGAAUCAUUCGUAUUAGAUUUACCCUCAGCUGCCCCAACCACUUCAGUAGUCGCUUCCGUCUCUUCACAAGAAGUCGAUCUUGAAGAUGAUAGCGAUUUACAAUCUGAGGGAUCGUGGGUUAUGGCUGGUAAUGCUGAUUACGAUGAUAUUACGGAGGCUGGUGGAAUUACCGAAACUGAAAGUGUAGAAGAGCGCGAGGAUGUUGAAGAAUGGGAGAUGCUUUAGGAAUAGGGUUUCUGGUAUUUUGUUGCUUGGUCUGGAUUGACAGAGGAUCAGAUUAGAGAAUAUAAGACUCUCAUGCAAAUCUUGCGCGCGAUUCACGGGUACAAAUAAAUGGACAAAUAACGAAAGAAUGUACUGAUGAAUAUUGCGGAGGAACAAAAGUGAUGAGUAAAUCUGAAAGUGCAACCAAUACAAACUGGUGAUACUCUACACGGCAGCUGGCAGUUAUUACAUCGUAGGAUGGGUUUUAUUUUCUUACCUUUCCUUUUCUUUCUUUUAACAGCCAUACUUCUAUGAUUUCUAUGAAUCUCCUUACACUGUAAGAUCAUAAGCGAUCAUAGUGAGAUAAACACAAAUUUAGAUGGCGGAUCAUUUCUUUCUUUCGAGAGAAAGAUAUGUGGGUAGUCAGAGAAAUAUUGAUAUAGCA